GGUAAUGUCACUCUCCCGUGCUUCUGCAUUAACGGACGGGCCACCGCACUAUCACUUGUGACCACUUGAGGUGCUCCAAUGUUCGCUUUCAGCGUUGGCAGGCACAGAGGGUAUUAUGGGAAUUGUAGGCGACAUUUAGCAACCGGCUAACAACUAACUUCUCAGCCGCCGCUCCUGACUGAUUACUGUUGCCUACAACUACAGAAUGCUAAACGGGCUGUGUGUUGAUGGCGGAGAGCAAUGACUGAGGAGUUUGACGAAGAUGUGGUCUUUGAGAAUUCGCCUCUUUUCCAGUAUCUGCACGAUCUAGGGCACACAGACUUCGAGGCAUGUCCGACGGCAUCACAGGAAGAGGAAUAUGAUGGGCAAGAGGGAGACCUCACCUCUCCUGGUGAAGAUCCACAGAAAACCAAAGGCUUAUGGAGACUGGCUGAUGUCUUAUGGAGAUGGAGCCCAUUUCACCAGGCGGCUGUGUCUCACCAGCUGGAGCAGAAACUGGACUGCAUGUUUGGUCAGUACUCGGUCAGGUGCAUCCUGGACCAGGACGUGCUGCUGCAGGAGGAUGUGGAGCUGAUCGAGCUGUUAGACCCGAGUCUACUCACCCUCGGCUCGUCACCCUCCGGGUCGCUGGACCGAGCAAGCACCUUGCCUAGACCGAGCCUCAUCGCCAAGCCCUCCCUAUGGGACAUGGCCGGGCUGGUUGGCCUGACUGCAGUGUUCCUGGGCCUCUGCUCCAUAUCUGAGGGUCUGUGGUCGCUGGCUGCAGCCCCGUGGGGCCUGGCCCUGCUGGGCUGGCUGGGACUGAGGGGGGUCACGCUGUGGAGACAGGGCUGUGUGCAGAGAGCUGUCCACAUCAGGGCCACCCAGCUCCAGAUUCUGGUUCACAAUGGCAAAACCCUGACGGGACUGUCCCGCAAGGCCCUGCGUCUGGUGCAGGAAACCGAGGUCAUCUCCAGAGGUUUCACCCUUUUGCUCGACAGGGUGAGUGCCGCCAGCUCCUUUAGCAGGGCGGGGCCGGGGGCGGUGCCCCGCGGCCAGCAGCUCAUCGGACUGAGGAAGGCCUUGUACCGGGCGCUGCGCUCGGCCUUCAGAGCGUCACGUAGGGCCACCUGUCACAUGCUCAAGGCGUUCCCUCUGAACUCUGAGAUCGACAACGUGACCAACUACGUGUCCGCGGUGCCUCUGAAGGAGCUGGGGCUCGGCCUGGGUAUCGAGCACCUGGGGGACGAGCAGGCCCAGGAGCUGACCGACGACUACAGCCUGCCUGCCCUGAAGAUGCUGUUCCAGCUGUGGGUGGGUCAAAGCUCCGAAUGCUUCCGUCGGCUGGCUCUUCUCCUCUCUCCAAGCCGAAUAGAGACGCCAGAGGAAGGCGGACCCACAGGAGACACCUCCCCUUCCCCUCCUUCUCCACCUCCACUGUACCGGUCCAUCGCCGCCGUGACCGAACCCCUCCACCACGCUCUGGCCAGCUGUCUUGGCGAAGUGCAACGCAGCUACGACUUCCACAGACACUUCGAGACCCAGCCGAGGACCACAACCUGCGACAGGACCGGACGAGCCAGGGAGAAAUGCAGAGAGCUCAACACCCUGCACACCUCCAUCCGAAGCCUGCAGCUGCACCUCAAGGCCCUGCUCAGCGAGAUGAUUAUCCUGGAGGAUGACCUGGAGAAGCUGAUGGUGUCUAAGGAGCUGACAGAGUUGACGCUCGAGGGCUACCAGGACCUCAGUGACCGGCUGCACCAGCUGCAGCCGCAUAUGCAGGCUAGCACUGGCUGCUGGGAGGACACCAUCAGUCAGGUGGAGCGCAUGCUGAGACGAGCCAACGCCUGUCCAGCCACUGAUGAGGGUCUGGAGCAGUGUGGUCCUCCUUCACCUGAAGUCCCUGAUCCUCCUCCAUCUUAUCCCCUGAUACUGGACAGAGACCCGGUGCCGGAGGAGCUGGAGUGGGAGGCCUACGUGUCUGACUCGGACUCUGACGGCGAAGGCAGAGGGUCGUGGUCCGACAUGUUGUCACCGGAGGAGCGGGAGCGGCAGCGGCGGGAGAGGGAGGAGUCUCGUCGCGUCCUGUCCGAGCUCAAAGCUGUUCUGGGCUUCCGUGCGUCAGAGGGGGAGAGGAUGAAGAGGAAGCAGCUGCUCUUCAGCAACCAAGCUGCUGUGGGGCCUUCAGUUCGCACUGAGGAAUCAGAUCUGGCCGCACAGCCGACAGACGCUCUGAUAUCUGCGGGUUCAGGAGAGCCUGCCAUCGACGGAGGAAACCACCUGUCGGAGCUCUCAGCAGGAAACGAAGAGGAAGGAAAAGAUGACAGGGUGAGGCCUGACCCCGCCACAGACCCCGUGAUGGAGUUCAGUUGUGGCAUGGAGCAAUCUGAGGUGGGAGGAACUUCAGUCUGCAGUAGAGGCGGUGGAGGAGCGUCAGAGCUGCACCAGUAUGACGGCGUCUUGGAUGAGGGGGAGGGCCAGAAUGGCCUGGACUGCUUCCUGAAGCCUAAAGUCCCCGCUGUCUCCGUGAUGGACAGACUGACGGAGAUCCACGGCUCUGAGGCGCUCAGCUUCAGCUCCGCCCUCGCCGCUCAGGUGGCCGCUCGCUCGCACUCCCUCAUCAACAUGGAGGAGCAGACCUUCGGAGAUGACGAGGAGGAAGAGGAGGAGGAUGACGAUGAGAGAGACAGACAAAGCCCAGAGAAGGACUAGACGUGAAGUCCCACCGCUUUAACCGAGCACUGAGCAGAGACUGUUUAUGUCUGGUUGUAUUUUAUCGGUGUUUCAUCAGAGGGAUUUCAAACCACGACACUCUCUGUCACCCAUCCGUCCACAUUACUGAACAUUACCCACAAUUCUUACUACUCUAUUGCUGUUAAAACUCAGGUACCAAAACCACUAAAACAACAUGAAGACCUUACAGUGUUGAGGUCAGGAGACCAGAAUGUCUGCAGUUACCCGGUGCCAUCCACACAGUGAAAAGUGAUCACAGUCGCUCUGUAAAUGUUUAAGAAAUAUGAAUGAGAAUGAGAAGAAAAAAUCGGUUUUAGUUGCACGUUUUUAAACUAAACCUGAGAUGAUAUCAAGACGCUGUGUUCAGACAGAAAACGAAAGGCUGGACUCCCACCUGACCCCCUCACAAUCAGCUGAUUUUAUUUAUUUUUAUAACACUAACAUGCAAAAUUUUACCUUGAAAAAAUUUGGAGUCCAUAAAAUCUGAUUAAAAUUAGAAAGAUGAAUUAGUAAUGCAAAGAAUAACAGGUGACUCAUAUGCUGAAAGGCUGCUUUCUCCCUACUUUCCUGCCUGCUCUCGCCUGUCCCUGUCUAAUAAAGGUUAACGAUUCCCUAAAAAUUUGGAAAUUUUGGACCCAAAUGCAGGACGCUGGAGGCGGACAGUUCAGCCUGAAGUGUCCAGAAACACUGGGAGGCAUAACAGCAUAUGCUUUGAUGAAGGGGAGACGGGACUGUAUUUACACAGAGGCGCUUCAAGCUCUGAGCGCGCUGUUCAGCUUAACAGCAGAUAAUCUGAAUCACACCUAAAACGUGCCAUUAGUAAAAGAAUCAGUGAAAUCGUGGCGCUUUGUGACUUAAUAACUCAGACUUCUGAAAUAACCUUUUAUUUUAUUUUCAGUGGUGUGAACAAACUUCCACAGCUUUUAAACUGAAACUCUGAACAGAACCUGGUCCAGAUCAGAUUACAAGAUCAGCGUAAGCUACCAUGGUGAUUUAGCCGGGGGUAAAGAGAGCCACCUUUGCCACACUUAAAACUCUGACUUCAAGCUCGUUAACCUGUUACUCUCACUCUGCAGUACCAAAAUAUAAACAGAAAGACCAGACAGUGAGGGAACGCAACACACAGGAGCUAAACUCAAAAUAGGAACUGAGACUUAAAUAAAAACUUAAAUAAAACAACUAAUGUUCAAAAAUAACUAGAAUGAUAAAGAUGAACUCCAGAAUCAACACAAAGCACCUCUAAACUGUAUUAAAAUGCAGUUCUUGAGUAAAAAUACUGCAGUUCCUGCACUUUCAGCCAGUUUCCCAGACAUGAAUUCAGCCUAAUGCUAAAGUUUUUAAUCCAUGACAGGAUAAUUGAGCCUUAAUGUCUCAGGGGGUAAAAUACACAGUGAAAUCUGUCCAGAAGUAGAUUUUCUGUCUGAGCACACACACACACACACACACACACAAGCCGUGAAGCUGAAGGUCGAAUCAGCUGAUUUCUUACGGAUUUGUGUGGGAGGCAUUUCUGCGGGAAGUGGAAGUGAAAUGCUAUUUUUACAAUCGGCGCUUUUAUUUUUGUCCUCGGGGGCCCUCCGAGGAGGCAACAUGUAGCUGAACCACAAUCAUGUUUCCAGUGACAUUUUAUGAACUGUUCAUGAUACGGUCCCCCUCGCUCGGCGUCGGUGUUUACAGGGGCAUGCUCAGUGGAAAGGUCAGGCUGAAACGUGUGAAUUUAAUGAUCUGCUGUGAGGUUUAUGUUCACCUUUACGGGUAUGGUAAUAAAAGAAAAGAGGUACUCUCGUGUGCCUGACGGCCCUGAUGCUGGCCCCACCUCCACCAACACCCCCACCCCCACCCCUCUCCUGUCACCGUGUCUGCCUUGUCCUCCUGACCCCCUCCUGCA